AUGGUUGUUGGAGAUCAGCAGCUGGUGGUGGUCAAUGGCGGGAUUAUUAAAGAGUGGACAUAUAAAGGCUGCUCACAAGGACUUGUUUGCAAUCAGACGGAAUAUGUGGAUCUGAAAGUGAAGAAGACUUAUAUCAGUUCCCAGUGUUGUAAUACUGACUUUUGUAACACGGGCGACUAUUACGCGCGGGUCCCCGUGUCUCAGCUAUGGUGUUAUAAGUGCGUGGGUAAUAGUGUGUCUUGUGCAGCAUCCAAUCUGGAUAGAAUCCAAUGUGCCGGAGUACAAGAUCGCUGUAUGACGUUCAGCACCGUCUAUGUUAAUGAUUCCAGCUCUGACGUUGUCUAUAAAGGUUGUGGAACCGGCAACCUGUGCGGACGUCGGCUGGAUUAUAACACGGGUGGUACCAGGGUCUACAAGCAGGUGUCAUGUUGUGGAAGCGACUACUGCAACCAAGGCGUACCAACAGUGACAGUGAACAAGACGUCAAAUGGCCUUCAGUGCUAUGCGUGCAACGAGACUGGCAGAGGAGAGUGCACUACUCCGAUCACGAGCACAGUCUCCUGCACAGGAAACAUGACCUCAUGCCUGGAAGUAGUAGGGUUUCCUCGGGGAAGCACUCUUAUGCGCGGCUGCUGCUCCGGGGACGUGUGUUUUGGCCUCUCGGCUUCCAUGAAUCUACAGGCCAGCCAAAAGCUGUACUGCUGUCAGGGCAAUCUGUGCAACACUGGAGAUAUCGCAUCAUAUUUCAAGUCCAGCUCCAACACUGCACGCAGGAGUGUGCUCCUCAUAGGGGGCGCCCUACUGGUACUCAUGAAGGGUCUAUGGACACAGCUGUGAAAGGAGCCAAGAAGAUGAGGGGGAGAGUCAUUUACUGCAACACUGUGCAACUAUGGAGUCCACAUCUACAAAGCAGACAUAUUGUGAGCUGGACCAGGGUUGUAUACUGGGGGGCAGGGAUCCAAAAGUAAAUGAUUAUGGGGCACCACCUCCUUGUACAAGCUUCCAACAGGCUCAUGGCUGAUCCUCUUUUACUGCCCUUGCACAGAUGCCACACACCACAAAAAAGCAGGGUUCGCAUAAUUCUGCCAGACAGUUUCCCCAUGUCAGCACCAGUCACAAUGCCCCUACAAUAAUAUUAUAUGAUGUGCCCCAUAACAGUGCCAGCACUGGUGCCCCUAUAAUAGUGCCAUCCACUAUGCCCAUAAACAACACCAGCCAUAGAGCCUCCAUCACAGCACCAGUCACAGUACUGCUGAAAAAGAGCCAGCCAUGCCGCCCCCAUAAGUGUCAUCCACAAAGCCCCCAUAACAUAACUCCAUAUUCCCUAAUGUUUCCUCCACAAACUUUAAGAUAUAAGCACAUAGCCAAUCAGUUGUCACCCAUAUGUAACAUCCACUUCCUGUCAGCUGUAUGUAACAUCCACUUCCUGUCAGCCGUAUGUAAUAUCCACUUCCUGUCAGCUGUAUGUA